GCCGCCGCCGCCGCCGCCGGGCCCCGGGCCGCCGCCGCCGCCGCGCGCCCCCCCGCCGCCCGCCCGGCCCGAGCCUGCGCGGCGCGCCGGCGGGAGUGCGGCCGCCUCCCUUGUUUGUGUCGUCGGGAGCAGGUCGCGCGGGCGGGCGGCCGGCCGGGGGGCGCCGGGGGGCGGCUGUCAGCCCCGGGCUCCGCGGGCUCCCGCCUCGGGCGGUCGGGGGUCGGCUCCCGGCCCGCCCGGCCUCGCCACUCGGGCAUGCGGAGCGCCCGGACCGCCGCGUGGACUGCGUCUCAUGUGCACUGUGGGAUGGAAGUGGAUGGAAUGAUUGGCUUUCUCUGACUGUCCGCCCAGAAACGUGGAGGACGGCGCUGCGUCUGCCCCCUGUCCCCCCUCACCUCUGAGGGGGGCGUCUCAGUGGGAAACCAGGCUGCUACCCAGCUGGUGGUGCUGGCUCAGCAUUUGUCCCACAGUGCACCCGAGGGUGGCUUGCACUUGUUUGAGGAAGCGAAUGCCGAUGUGUUCUGGAACAUUCUGUAGAGACGUCUCAUCCGGUGUGCGACUCCUGAAAUGAGCCGCCAGACCGCGACGGCGCUGCCUACUGGGACCUCCAAGUGCACGCCGUCCCAGAGGGUGCCCGCCCUCACCGGCACCACCGCGUCCAACAAUGACCUGGCCAGUCUCUUCGAGUGUCCCGUCUGCUUCGACUAUGUGCUGCCGCCCAUCCUCCAGUGCCAGAGCGGCCACCUGGUCUGCAGCAACUGCCGCCCGAAGCUCACAUGCUGCCCCACCUGCCGCGGCCCCUUGGGCUCCAUCCGCAACCUGGCGAUGGAGAAAGUGGCCAACUCGGUACUCUUCCCUUGUAAGUACGCCUCCUCCGGGUGCGAGGUCACGCUGCCGCACACGGAGAAAGCCGACCACGAGGAGCUCUGCGAGUUCCGGCCCUACUCCUGCCCGUGCCCCGGCGCGUCCUGCAAGUGGCAGGGCUCCUUGGACGCCGUCAUGCCGCACCUGAUGCACCAGCACAAGUCCAUCACCACCCUGCAGGGGGAGGACAUCGUCUUCCUGGCCACCGACAUCAACCUGCCCGGCGCCGUGGACUGGGUGAUGAUGCAGUCCUGCUUCGGCUUCCACUUCAUGCUCGUGCUGGAGAAGCAGGAGAAGUACGACGGGCACCAGCAGUUCUUCGCCAUCGUGCAGCUGAUAGGCACGCGCAAGCAGGCCGAGAACUUCGCGUACCGGCUGGAGCUCAACGGCCACAGGCGGCGAUUGACUUGGGAAGCCACUCCGCGGUCUAUCCACGAGGGGAUCGCGACAGCCAUCAUGAACAGCGACUGUCUAGUCUUCGACACCAGCAUCGCACAGCUCUUUGCAGAAAAUGGCAAUUUAGGCAUCAACGUAACUAUUUCCAUGUGCUGAAACGGCAAUCAGACACUUUCUGGCCAGUGUUGAAACCCAUCGCAUUCAGCUUCACAGAGAACGGGCGAGUCCGCCUGCCGACCGACCGGACUUCGGGCGGGCGGGCGGGGCUGGUCGCGGGAAGGCGAGCGGGAGAGAGGCUGUUAAAUCCGGGAGACAGUUGCAUGUAGUAACACUAAUAUAUUUAAAAUAAGUCAACAGUAAACCACUGAGAAAAAAUAUAUAUAUAUACACCCAAGAUGGGCAUCUUUUGUAUUAAGAAAGGAAGCAUUGUAAAAUAAUUCUGAAUUUGUGUUCGUUGUAGAUUGAGUGUCCUGUUGGAAAUACUGGGUUUUGUUUUUUGUUUCUGCUGGAGUGCAUGCGUGGGCGAGUGUGUGAGUGUGUGCGCGUGCAUGUGUGUGUGCGCGAACGCAUUCGGGUUUUCCUGUAACUGACAAGCCAUGUGAGUGGUCGCGGGCCACUGCUUCCCCUCUCUGAGUCGAUGCAUAGUGCUGCUGUGUGUGUGUGUUGCUCAUUUUUAUUAAUUCUAGUUUUUCAUUAAAUAAAUUUGACUUUCUUUUCUGUAAUUCAGGCUUUUCCCAAUUUUUUUGUACCUUUUUAAAGUUAGUGUCUUUUUUGAUGUGCAUAAUUGUUUACGGUAAAGUUCAUACAUGUGUGCUCCAUAAUAUUUUUCUCCCCGUUAAUCAGUUAAUUAGACAUACUUUAAAUUCAGUUGUUUUUGUGGAAAGUUCCAGAAAGGAGAGGUGGCGCCGGAAGAAUUACCAGAAGCUAUUAUGAGCAGCUGUAGGAGGGUCGUUCUUUCUUUUUCUCCAGUGGAGUUGGAUCUCCAAACUUACUCUCUGAAAGGUUAGAAUAUACUGAUUUUUUUAAAACACUAAAAGAAAUAGGCUAUUUUUUUUCCAAAUAUUUUGGACAAAUCACAUGUUUAAAAUUUGUUCUUGUAUUUAUUGGUUUUGAAAAAGAAGGCAUUGUCUUACACAGUAUUUGUAAUUAAAAGCAAAUCAUUUGUUUUAAAAAAACGGCAGUUUGCAAAAAAAAAAUGUUUGUGGUCUUUUAUAAUUCUCAUUAAAAGAAUAUCUGGCAAAUUGAA